AUGUCAUCAGCUAGGUUGCUUUGCUUCACAACCCGGAAGACAAUUGCUUGCAGUCACAGCUUGUCUACGCACUCCACCGCUUCACGGCUUCACGGCUCCACGUGCCCGGUCCGGGGCUCGCGGACGAGCAGGCUGGAAGCGUUGGAAUGGGAUGCGUUGGAAUGGAAUGGAACCACGGAGCCAUCAAUGAGGCCCAAGUGUCAGUGUGCCCUGUAUGACAUCUUCAGGUUCAACAGACGAUGGCAAUUGGACGGCUUGGUCAGCGACUGCCGAAAGAGAGCUGGCAUGGAGCGUGUUGAAAGUGUUGAUUUCACGCAACCUCUUCGCGAUGGACAACCGGUUGACAAAACAGAGUCGAAAAAGGAAUCCAUUUGCUCAAAACCGACUGCGAAGUGGCUUUCACACCCUCUCACGCCCUCAGAAUUGACAGGUGAAGAGGUAGAUGACAGGAUAAGUUGA